UAUCACACUCGAUUAUUAAAUCCCGUAACAGUAGAAGAAACCGACAUGAUAUUAAUCGACUUUAUCAUUUUGUGACAGCUCAGCCAGAUGUUUCCCAGGCAAUGUUGCUUUCGCAAAUUGGCCAAUAGCAGGUUUAACGCUUCACACUUUCUUUUCACGCCGCUUUCCAAUGAACUUACAGAUUCUUUGCCAUGCUUGAUGGCUAAGCUCCCGCACACUCUGUGGAGCGUGGAUGAUAACCCACCAUGUCAGACUACCGUCAAACUACACUCCUACUUACCUAGGUAUUCAAAAGCUACCGAUCUACCUCUACUUAUACGAAAUGGACGUAGCAGGGACUCUUGUCAACGGGCCCUUGAAAAUUUUUGCGGAGCAAAACCUCAGCUCAUCGCAAAAGAAGCUGCGCCACGGCGUCGAUAGCUCCGGAAACUUGUGUAACACGCAUACAUACAUCGUCACACAAAUAGAGGCACGGAUUUCUUAGAAGGUUCCCAACUUUCGAGUCUUACGAGCUACCCGGGCGUCGGCAUCACAAGGCAACGAUAUGGGAUUGAUUCAUGCAGGCUGUGGGAUACCUAACCUCGGAGUUACUAUCGCCGUCGCGGUGUUUACCAUUCUCCGUGUGGCUGACUUGGCUGACGCUGUCUCACUACCCCCUCCCACUGGGCCGUAUCAAGUAGGCGUCCGCAAGUACAUUAUCGAACAUUACAACGACCAUGAUCCAGUCGCGCCUAACAAUGUGAGCACGGCGUUCUUGGCUACUGUGUUCUACCCGACACUCGAUAAGCCUGGCGCCCCAAAACCAUACCUCAAUCCCGAGACGGCGGCCAUUUUUGAGCAAUUAUGGAACUACACGGCUGGGACUCUGUCGUCCAUUACAUCGACGAUUCAAGAGAAUGCGACGUUCAUGGAAAAGACAAUAUUCAUCAACGAAGAACCAAAAGUGAUUACUCCACCUUACCCAACCAUCCUAUUUGGUCCUGGAGCUGGCGGCCCACCAGUUGAGGGUGAUACAAUCAUCCUCUCUGAGCUAGCGUCCUACGGCUAUGCCGUCAUAGGGCUUGAUCACCCCUACGAGCAACCCUUCAUCCGAUUCCCUAACGGCACGGCAGUUGAGGGGAUCGUCAUCGACUAUAACUCGAUUGAGCUCAUCACGGAUAUAUAUGACACGCGCCUCGUAGACAAUGCAGCGCUCUUGGAGGCGCUCCCAGGAUUGAUACGCGAGCACCAAUUACCGUUCAAUAUCACCCACAUUGGUGCCUUUGGGUAUUCGCUGGGCGGUGCGGCAGCUUUGGGCUCAUUAAAGAGGUCCUCGAAUAUCGCUUCGGGUUUGAAUUUAGACGGCACCUUAUUCGGAGACCCAGCGUCGAAUACUAGUGCGGCCGAUGAGCAAAAACCAGCAUUCCUCUUUGGCAGCGAGUCUGCGCACGGUUCAUACACAGGUGACCCGACAUGGGCCUCAUUUCCAAACUGGCAGACGGGGCCAUACUGGAGGACCGCAGUAAACGGAUCGACGCAUCAUGACUACUGCGAUGACGGCUUCUGGAAGACACUUGAGCCCGGAGCAGACCAGGCAGCAGGGUCGAUAAAUGGUACUAGGGAGGUACAGAUUAUGAAUACCUACGUUAAGGCGUUCUUUGAUUACACAUUAUUGGGCAAGAAUUCAUCACUCUUGGAUGGGCCGUCUCCCGGAUUCCCCGAAGUAGCUUUCUUUGAUGAGUCGUAACGAGAUUCAAUACCUACCUAGUACAAAAUUCUCGGCCGCUGAUUACAAUUACCGAGGCUUAUACGCAAGCAAGCAAACUGAAUAAAAUACA